UCAGAGAGGCUGGAGGGGAUUUAUUGUAUUUUUAGCACAACGUAAUGACCAAUUCAGUGUCACAAAGAAAACAUCAUUCAAGUUUCUGUUAGUCGGGUAUGUUGAUUUGGGUUCAGGUACGAGGAUGAAACACAAUCCAGGAGUCCAGUCUGAGCAACAGAUCCUUGAGUUUGAAGGUUUAUCAGAUACCAAAUCAGUGCACAGUUUUAUAACACUACAACUAUAAUACUACUUAACAUACUCUAACACCAUUGCUGUAACAUAACACUCUGGAGUGUGAAUGUAUCAGCCUAUUUCUUGGCUCUGAGCAGCAGAAACUCCAUUACGUACACUUAGGUUUUUGGAACCAAUUACAAACCAGAUGAACAUGUUAAUCAGAAGGUUUUAGAGGGGCUGGUAGGUUUUAUUACCUUUGCACAGAACCAUGUUAGCUGUGUCCCCCUGUUUCCAGUCUUUAUGCUAAGCUAAGCUGUUGCUAUGUUGUGUUAACAUUAAAUACUCUUUCAGCUUGUCAUAUAAGAACUCACCUUGGUUUGUUGUGCAGCACAGCAGCAACAUCAGCACUAAAGAGAAAUUACACUAUGGUUGGUUUGAGAAUUUCAAUUAACAAUUAAUUAAUUUAAAUCUAUUUUAGACUGAAACUCAUGACUAAAAGUUAUGAAAUGGUUUUGAUGGUGGAAACUUGCUACUAAAAUGAAAUUCAAGCGUAACUGUUUACAGUAAAUCAAAGUUCAGUUGCUUUCAAUAAAUUAAUGUAUGCAUUUUUACUUUAAACACCAAAUAUCAGCUUAUAGUGGAUCAAUGGAGAGACCUGGAAUGACCAAAGCUCUGUUACUGAUAUUUAACUGUAAGCACAUCAAAACACAUGUUGAGGCAGGAUGUUUUUUUUUUGUGCCAGGAGGUGAGAAUGUCGUUUAACACCGUUGAGGUUUGCCUGCAGCAUUAUUCAAUAAAGUGACAUUUGAAUGAAAGAUGAUGUGAAGUUUUGCACUUCCUGUUAAACAUAAGUUUUCGUUCUCUGCUCUUUUCUUUAGCAACACAGGAAAGUGAUGACAUUUUCUGAACUUUUGAAAUAAUAAUAAUUCUGCCACUCUGCUGUAAACAUAAUUGUUGAAAUGUAGACAGUCCAGGUUGUACUCACAGAGCAGAGGAGAUGUUGGUGCCAUCGUAGCUCACAGUGAUGUGAGAUGAAGACUUUCUUUCCUCGCUGCAGUCGAACCCUCCUCCUUCCUCUGUGUGGUUUUGUUCUCUGCAGUAAACAGGAAAAAACGGAUCAUUCGAGAUAGUUUGUUCAUGUCAGCACGUCCACUAUUUGGCAUAUUAGAGAUCUGAUUUAUUGAGAUUUACAGGAGCCUUGUUUUUACUUUUCUAUCUAAAGAUUUCAUGUAAAUGUUAAAAAAUAGAGGAAACGUCAGCUUUCAUCAGUGUUGUUUGAGGGCCACAUUUGGCCCACGAGUCACUGUUUGCUCAUCACUGCUGUACAGUUGUACCCACUUUUCUUUGCUCUAGUGUCAGUCUGUGACCUUCUGCUGGUGGAAAAAGAAAAAGAGGAAGUCUUGAAGACGUCACUGCACUUUAACCCCCUCAUUGUUAGUCCUACAUGUAUCAGCCUCUCAAAGUCUCCGAGCAGCUUCAUGUGUGGAUGCUUUGCACAUUUUUUUCAUCAGAAUAAAGUUGAAAAAUAAGAUUUAGGAUUAUUGUUUAAUUUAAGACUGAAUUAUAUAAACAUGUAGAUUUUUUUGAGAAAUACUAAGGUGUUGCAGAUGAUGUCUCAUUACAGGACAGUAAAACAGCGGGGGUGGUGAUGGUGCAGUGGAUAAGACACAUGCCUUUGAGAGCCGGGUUCAAUUCCCCACUGUGACACGUCCACCAAUGUGUCCCUGAGCAAGACACUUAACCGCUAGUUGCUCCAGAGGCGUGUCUCUCACACUCUGUUAGGAUGCUGAUGUCUUCAAAGACCUGUUGGAGUCGUCUGCCUUCAGGAAGAUGUGGACCAAAAACCUGCCUUCUCGCCACCUGAACCAAUCAGAAGCAGGGAACAUCUUGGACGUGGUGAUGUCCUGGAUAAACCGAAGAACCGGACUCAUCCCGGGUAAUGUGCCUGCUCUCUGGCCUAAUGGAGUGCCCAUAAUGCAACUGAAUAUAUUGUUAAGAAGGAAAAGUUUUUUUUUUUUAUGUAUAUGUAACAACAAAGACUGUGUUUUACUGCUCUUGCGUCAUUUUAAAUAACAGCAACAUGCAGCUGCUGCAUUAUGUGUUUAUUCGGUGAACAAAACACAUUCUCAAAUUCAAUAUUGGACUUGUGAAAUGGAUGAUAAGAAACACUCAAUGAAACUAGAAAAUCUAGUCAAAGAAGAUUUUACCGCAGACUUGGGGAGGAAAUGAUGGAGAACAAACAAGAAGCAUGUGGAAAGUAAGCAACUGAAAACUUCCCACCACCUCCCUUCAGGCUUCCUCCCAAAACAUGUGCUCACUCUCUGUAAGCGCAGAGUGCACACGGGUAGGCUAGAUUACUGUUAUUACUGAGCAUUUGAUUUAUUGAUUGCUGUCGGGAUUUAAAGAGAAUUUCAACACAUAUUACACAAAAUAAAUUAAUGGCCUAUUCCAGCUUUGAGUACAAACAACUUUUAUUGGACUGAACUUGACUUGUUACUUUUAAUCUAUUAGCAUCCAAAUAAAUUUCACUCAAAGUUUUUCUGUUAUCGAAUACUUAUAUUAUUUAAGGCCGUCAGUAGAGUCAACCUGUCAGGGCAUCUUAAUUAUUUACAAGAACAAUUUAAAUUUAGGUGGAGGUGCCCCAAAAUUAGCACGAAAUCUAACCAUCUUGGAAUAAUCCGUGAACAAGUCGGUUUGUCCGCUGUCCCCUCUCUGCCUUGUCCCUGUUGAGUCAAAAAGUAACUCACACUGAUGUAUCUGAUUAUGGUCAGCGGGGUCUUUAUUUCACGUCUACAACAAAUGGACCAAAUGGACCUGCUUUUAUAGUUUUAUCAUUAACAGAAAGUAUUUGGCAGCUUAAUAACUGAAGAUCCGUCCCGAAGAACAAAAGCUAAGGAAGUUGUCUGUGAAGAUUCUCAGUCAUCCCGGUCAUAGUUUUCCAAUGAAGGUUAAAAUCAAGGGCAACUGGACUUGGUUGAGGAUCUUCAACCAAGUUGAUUUUAACCUUCAUUGGAAAAGCUAAGGAAGCCUUCAUAUUUCGUGUCAAUGUAAACUUUAUUAUAAACUGAUUUUUAAUGGACUUCUUCUGGACUGUACUAAUCUUUACUUUACUAAGCAUUUUUUUUUGCAUGGAUAUUGUUACAGAACUGUUGUAAAUAAAGUUGUGUUUUUUUUUUGUUAGUGAUAUUUCUGAAGCCCUGAUUGGCUGAGGGUCAGGAAGAGACCCGGUGCGUUUCGGUCUGGCCUCAUUGUGUUUUCAUUGAGAAGAGCAGCACAGAGACAAACAGGAGCGGGUCGGCCAGCCUUUCAACACCAGCCCCGAUAAACCAGUGAUUCUCAGAGGGGCUGAAGGGUUUGUGGUCAAGACUAAAAGCGCACCGUUUGGAUCUUUUCUUUGCGCAGUUUCCAAACUGCUGCUGGUCCGGCGGAUAUAACAUAGAGAUGCAGAGAUCGUGCAGGAUGACCGGAGGGGUGGGGGUCCGGAUUCAUAAUCCCAUAAUGGCCAAGAAAUAGCAAACGACCUCUCUCAAUGAAUGGAGCCUCUGGUUUCCAGUAUAAGUGCUUAGCAGAAUGAAAACUCUGCUGAAAAGAAGCUGUUUCUACCGGAAGAGAGAGAGAAUGGAACAGCCAGAGAUGGUAGUGAAUCCUGGACAGGACGUCCCUCUUCAGUGUCAAGGUCUCAGAGAUGCCUCCGUCACGCUGUUAGAGUGGACCAGACCUGACCUGAAGUCAGACGGUUACGUGUUCUUUUACCGAAACGAGCGGCCGUAUGAAAACUAUCAGCAUCCAUCUUUUCAUGGUCGAGUGGAGCUGAGAGAUCCAGAGAUGAAGGACGGAGACGCUUCUGUUGUCCUGAAGAACGUCACCUUCAACGACACUGGAACAUACGAGUGUCGGAUUAUAACCAACACACGACAAGAGAUCAAGCACCUGAUCGGGCUGAAUGUUACAGACUCAGCUGGAAACAUCUCGGAUGCAGGAUUCAUGGAUGGCCAAGAUAAAGUCUCACUCUUCUGCUCUGUCAUAGGUGGUCUUGUUCUGUCAUUAGUUGUAUGAUUUGUAUAGUAUAUAUUGUUUUAUUUCAUUUUAACUGUUACCAUAUUUUAAUUUAGGCCUACACUUAAUUAUAUGUUGUGUAUGUAGCAUUAAGGAACUACAAAUUGUGUUUCGUUAUACAGGCUUGUGCUGUACAAUGACUAAUAAAUUUGUUGUAAAUGUAAAGGACCCUAUUCGCAAACACCCAGCAACAGACCUGAUGAGCAGAUAAAAUGGUAAAAUGGUAAAAUAAAGGUAUAAUAAACAAAACAAAAAAUAUAUACCCUGCACUCCUUGGUCAUUAGAGCUCCCCAAAGUCCAGACCUGAAGGUAACUAGCUAUCUAGUUAUAGGUGUACACUGGGUCCCCACUUCUUUUUGUGAAAAAUGUACUGAAAAAUAGUAUUCAAAAACAAAUGUUAAAUAACAAAUGUAAGUGCUAUCAGAAAGUUUUUUGGCACGAGAGUGUUUAAUGCUCAAAAUCAUCUGGGGAGGACCCCCCGAACCCCCAAUCGUAUACAGUGGGUACGGA